GAUACUGCCCUCUGUAGUGAACGGCGGGAAUUACACGUCUCUACAGAAACUGGGUGCAAAAUACAUACCGCCUUUCGGGUUGAAAAUAAAUAACUUCUUUCAUUAAAAUCAUGCAAGUUUGCAAAUCGUACUUUCCCAAGGAGAUACUAAACAAUAACAAAAACGUUGGUUACGCUUCUUAAAUGUAAUAUUGGCAGAGGAAUCAUCUGGUGCCUAAAAAUGCUUGGGUUUCAAGAAACAAGAUCUACUGGAAGUCCUAAAACAUACAGUUGUGUGGCAUGCUCAGCUACUUUUCAUAAUUUGGCAUCACUCCUGGUGCACCAAGCGUCUCAUGCAAGUGAUAUCUCUCAACAGCCAGAAUCAGCAUUACCUACUUGUGUCAGCUGUGGAAGCUUAUUUACGAGCCAAGAUCUCCUUGAAAAACACCACUGUGCAAUGUUGCCCACUCCAGCAUCUCCAGUCCACACCUACAUAUGUGAUUGUGGCGAGGAGUUUAGUGAUCUUACAGCUCUUGAAGACCACAAAAAGCAACAUGGGUCAGAAGACAAGGUCAAAUCAGAUUUGGAGAGUAUUCCAGUUGUGCCAGAUAACAAAACAGACUCCAGCCAUCCUAUCUCAGACCAAGUUUUUCACAGUCUUUCAACAUCCCAUUCCCAUGAAAAACCCCUUGCACAAAAUCCACCUACUACUUCAGACACUGAAAUCAAGGUGAACAAAUCCAGCAAAUCUGCAGACAUGGAGGGCAACAAAUCUGCAGACAUGAAAAACAAUGAAUCUGCAGACAUGGGCGGCAAUGAAUCUGCAUAUAUGGACAGCUGCGAAUCUGCAGACAUGAAAAGCAACGAAUCUGCAGAUAUGGAUGGCAACGAAUCUGCAGAUAUGAAUGGCAACGAAUCUGCAGACAUAGACAGCAACAUCUUGAAGCCAUCUGAAUCCCACAGUGUGACCGAAGAGCAAGUGCAGUUACCUGAGCAAGACAAUGAUGCUUUAACAUCCUCCAACGUGGUAAACCACUCUGUGCAAGACAAUGAGAAAUCACCAGAAUCUAGUGAAGAUUCAGCUGCAUUUAAUAAGAAAUCAAUCCUGAAGAUGCUAGCAUCUGCUUACAUGAGUCAUAGACAACCUGUCCAAAUGAAACAGAGGAACUUGCCCCCCAGAAAAGCUUCACCAAGAGCACCAAUGCAACCUGCGAUCAUCAUGACAAUACCAAAACCCAAGCCACUGGAGAAUCAAUCAAAGAUAAAAAAAGACAACACCAUGGUCGGAGUGAAAACUGCAAAGAUGUUGCCUAAGAAGAGCAAGAUUAUAUCUGUGACACAAACUCUCUGUCCUGUGGUGGUUCUUGAAACUCGCCAAAAACUUGUUGGCCGGGACAAUGUGGAAGGCAGACAUCAGUGCAGACUCUGCCGUAGGGUUUUCCAAGACGUAGACACCUUGAUAAUGCAUCAUGCCCUGCAUAAAAAAGAACGAGUUAAAUUUUGUCUUUGUUGUCAACAAUUUGUGAUAACCAUAAUCUCCGUCCCAGAAAGCCAUGUCUGCUAUGAUGGAUUUUCUAGAAACCAUCAACCUUUGAUGGGAAAUAUGUCUCUGAAACCAAUCAGCCCUACAGAUCAACAGGCAGAAAAAAUGUUCUACUGUUCUUUAUGCAAGCGUGGCUACACACGCAUACGCAGCCUCAAAAAGCACAACUGUCCAUGUAAAACUUCUCUGAAAUCCCCGACCACUGUAGGCACCAGCGGUAAUGUCAAUCUUCAAAAUUUGGAGGAGUGCAAUAGAGCUUUCCUAAACUCGAAAACAAAUCAAAUGUCAACACAGCAUAUAGAUAUUGGCGUAGGCACGGAGUCAGUAAAGAUUGAGGAACAGAACACAGAACUUCCUAUCGGCAAAAAAGAUCAGACUGGGCUGAAGAUGCAGCUGAAGGACCAGUUAAAUCCCCCCAAAACCCUUGAAUCUGUCGUUGCCAGUGUUUCUAAAGCCAAACCAACUGAAACAACUAAAAACUCAGUUGAAGUACCAGCCAACAUAGUGGAUGUAAAACAAGAGGAAAGUGAUAAAUUGGUUGAAAAGCAGUGGACCAUGCCUUUGGAUGAUGCUGAAAUUGAUGUACUAAUAGAUGUGGAUCAAAAGGACUCAGAUGAGGACGAUUUGACAGAUGUGGUAGGAGACGACUGCGAUGAAGCUGAGGAUGAUGUCAUUGUAGAGCCUCAUGAGGACAAGGAAAUGAAGUCAGCAGUACCUAGUAAUGGCUUUCAGGUGCAUGUGACUAACAAAGGCUUGAAGAGGUUUGUUUGCAACGGGUGCCAGAGAAGCUAUUCCCGCCUGUUUACUCUAAAGGAGCACUUGAGGAUUUGUGAGGCAAGAGAGUUAAAGCUGCCAAAUGUUACAUCAUCCAAUACAGCUGGGCCGAUUAAAAGGUUUCCAUGUCCUCAGUGUGGUAAGUUCUUUAGCCGCAAAGACAAUAUGAAUAUGCAUCAAAGGAAGUGCCAUCCUACAACAAACACUGAUUCAGUAGUAAGUAACAGAACCGUGGAGCCUAAAACACCUGUAGCUCAGGAAAACUUAUUCGUCCUGUCACCAUCUACAGAAAACCAAGCAGUCCGUCAAGAAAGCACUCCGAAUACUAGCAGUAACAGAAACUGGGGGAUCAUGUCACUUCCAUCUGUGCUCCCAAGAAGAGUGACGUGCGAAUGUGGAGCCUCGUUCACUUGUCCUCGACUUCUCUUCGAACACCUUCAACAGCAUGCGCAGGAGUCCUACAUUUGUCCACACUGUGGUGAGAACCUACAAUCGUGGAUGGAUUUCGAGGCACAUCAGCAGUUGCACCAAUCUCAGAGCUCUCCAAGUGAGCAAAGAGCUGCCCAGCAGCAACCUCAUUUAUUUUCCCAAGCGCAACCAUCCCGUGCUCUGACUCGGCCGCAACAGUCUCCAGGUUUUCCUGAGCAUAACAUAAAAGCCCAACUGCCUGGACUCUUGGCACCUCAACAUUUGAACAAUAGGCCAAUUCCUGAGGCUCUGACUUGCAAUAAAUGCAAAAAGAACUUCAGUCUCCGCAGAAACUUGUUAAGACACAUACGGUUGCGUUGUUCUGGCGAUACUGCAGUUCAGAAAAAUCACACCUGCUCUCGUUGUGGUACAACAUUCCAAAGCCCAUUGAUGCUUAAAAUUCACAUUCAAAGCAAUACAUGUAAACCUGCAUUUAAACCGAUUCGGUGCCCGGUGUGUGUACGUUGGUUCAGUUGUCUAGAUGGGCUCAAGAGACACCUGGUCUCACACAGCAGGCAGUCUGUCUUAACAUGUCAGAUUUGUGACCAGAACUGUCCAACCCCUCAGGCACUUGAGGAGCAUAAAAGAAACGUUCAUCGACUCAACAGCGGAAUGAGGCCAGCGGAAGAUGCAAAACAACAGCUGCAUCAAGCUGGUGCACAAACCAGUCCAUCUACUCCUACUCCUUUUCAAUGUCACAUUUGUCUUCGCUACUAUCCAAAGCUUCAGUCCCUGAAGGAUCACUUGAGGAAAGUUCAUCGGCCAAAACAACCGAAACAAACAAAUCGGAGUACCAUAGAACCAGUACGUUCUGGACCGUUUCAAUGUCAGAUAUGUGACCGCUCCUAUCCUAACAUUAAAUCUCUGAAAAACCACAGAAGAAGAGUGCAUCAUAUUGUGGGUGGUGUGUUUCUGCCAUCAAAGGGAACGGAGCAAAACAUCACUCCCAGUCAGUUUCAGUGUCACAUUUGCCCAUGCAGCUAUCCAGAUGAACAAUCCCUCCGAAACCACAGAAGGAGGGUCCAUCAAAUAGUGGAAGGUCAUGACCUGUCAAGGGGAAUCACUCAACACAUUCUAUACAAGUGUCAGAUUUGCCAGCGCAGCUAUCCUGAUGCAGUGUCCCUUAGAAAUCAUAGGAGGAGAGUUCAUCGCAUAUUAGGGCCAGUGCCUGAAACAACACCACCACCACCACCACCAACAACAACAACAAAUAAUGACACAGAAGAUGUUCUAGAGCAGAAACCAAUACCUUUCCUGUGAACGGUGUUUAUGCAUUCAUAAAAGGUGGAUCUGCUGCUUACGUUUAUUGCUGUAUAUGCAAAAAAAAACAUAAGGCAGCACCUGUUGAGUACAUUAUACCAUUUAGUAGAAGACAAAUAAUUUUGAAUAGUUAGUGUCAUAUCUGAUCAGUAGUGUAACCGUUUUUUUGUUGUUGUUGUUAAUACAUUGUUUAGCUUCCUCUGUAUUUCAUUGAUGUUGCCUUAAUUUAAUUCAUCUAUUAAAUACAGAUCCCCCCCCAAUACAAACAAAAAUUUUUGGCGAAUGCACUGUAUAAAUGUAAAAUAGAACAGUUGAUGGCUGUUUUUAAGGUAGCCAAUGUGUAUUAGUUUACUGUAAAUACAUUUUGAUGUAAACAUGUCCUACGUUGCAUCAAUAAACACAAUGGUGACAUCUUUCCAAGUCUCCAAUAAACCAAUAA